AAGAUCGACGUUAUCCUUGAAGUUCUGUAAUCAUAGCAAUUUCGCGCAAUGAUGCCUCGAUAAACCACCGUAUCGAGCCUUCAAUGAAACUACGUAAUUCCGCUCGAUUAUCGUAUUCAGGCUGUGUAACGUAAUCAAUUAAUUUUGUAUAACGCUAAAUGAUGACUGUGCCAACAAAAAUGGUUUUCGUGCGAUGCUUGUAGCUUUAUACGUGCUAUUGUGCUCCGGCCACAGAUCCUUUGUUGAGCGCUGAGUACAUAGUAGAUUGUCACGCGUUUAUAAACCUGUUCAGAGUCAUUAGCGAGAUUUUACUGCUAUGUUAAUAUUCAUCGGAUAUGCGCAUACUGAAGUGCAAACAGUAUUCCUUUUUAGAAAUGUGCAAACGACGCUCCAUAGCUUGAUAUGCAUCAUCGAACGAGAAUCGCAAAAUGACUACAUCGAUUCAUCGGAUUACACAACAUCGGCUACCGAUCAACGCAUCACUCUAUUGUAUUACGCGCGAGACAGCAUUACGUGUUUUCAUCAGCAGCGCACGUAGGUCGCGCUCGGAUUAUUUCGGUUAGAUUCGGGUAUGCUCGACACCUCGUACGCUAAGUCAGAUAUAAUCGAUACCUUGGAGUCAGAGCCCAGUUUAGUUGUCAUCUACGUUCCGUCGUGUUGUUUUUCUUGCGUUUAAGUGCGUCAUGAGAGUGCGUACGCGUGUAUCGUCAUUCGUGUAAAAGAUCGAUUGGUGUAUUGGCCGUUUCCUCGUAUUAUCGUUGAAUAAGAUGCGCCUUGAAAAUGUUGCAAGAAGAAGCUCUGUUCAAGAGCGCAUCCCCUCAGAAAGGCGAUGAAAUUCAAAAACUUAAUUUUAUACAAACAUUACCAAACCUCUUGGCCUCAGACACAGAAUCAUGUAUGACUCGUGUGAUACCAAAAGUACAGCAGUCCUUGUCCACUGCAUCCACAGAAUUUCACAUUGCGGCUUCAUCCACGUUCAAAACGAUAUUAGAGCAGAAACUUGUCAGCCAUAAUGUCUUCAGUCGAACAUUCCUCCAAAGUAUCUUAAAUUCGCUUGAAAAGCGUGAUCCAGUUAUCUGUCAUGCAUGGCUGGAGACCUUACUGGAUGUGAUAGAGUUACUGCCGGUAGAAGUCAUAAGAAAGCAGAUUCUUCCAUUGACUAUAAGCAAAGGACAAUUGUCACAACCUGUCCACUCCAGGAUAACGUGCAGCACAAUAUUAGGAAAGAUUUGUACAAGAUUUGAAUCUGCUCUGAUACAGAAGGAAGUUCUACCAAUGGUACACUCCCUCUGUCAGGAUGUAAAUAGUGAAGUACGAGCUAGUAUCUGCUUGCAGCUACGUUUUGUUGCUGAAGGCCUUGGUGCUGAGUCUAUAAAACCUGCUUUGCUACCAUCUCUCGUAGAAUUAGCAAAUGACGAAGAAAUCAAUGUAAGAUGCGCCUCUGUACAUACAAUAGCGCAUUUGCUACCUCAUCUUCAGGAAGAUUCGAUAAAAACUAUCAUAGUGCCACUUAUAAAAAAAUUAUGUGAAAAUUCGAUGCGGUCAGACGAUAACGUAGUAUGUGUUAUUGCUCAGGAGUUCGGAAAAAUCGUACUUGGCAUCGAAAAGUCCUUACAACCUCUGGAGAAAACAUGGUUUUUAAAGUACUUUCAGCAACUUGCACAAAUGGGUGUUCUUACGAGUAUAAAAAAAGAAUCCAAACCAAAUCUUCCAUUUAUGAAUAGUAAUCCUGCUGAAGAUGAGAAAUAUGUGGAAUGCAGAAGGUUUUGCGCUUUUAAUUUGCCUGCAAUGUUUAUCUUUGUAUCCAAUUCUUCAGAUGACACGGACGCCUUGCUUCAUACAUUCACAGCAUUAGCCAGUGAUCACUAUUUCUUGGUUAGGAGAACUGUAGCAUGUGGAGUUCAUGAAGUGGCCAAGGUAUUGGGCCCGCAGAGCGGACGAAUAACGACAGACAUAAUCAAAUUAUUAAAAGAUAAUUCUGAAGAAGUUUUGCAAGGUUUAGUUCCUAAUCUAGGAGUAACGCUUGAUUGUUUAGCCGAAAGUCAAAUUAUCGGGAUAGAUAGGGUGGAUACCACAGUUAUGGAAAUAGGUAGAGCAUUGUUAAAAUGUGAAUCGGAAAUAGCAUCGACACACAAUUGGAGAUUAGCAGUAUUAAUGUAUUCGCAACUUGAAGUAAUACCUAAAUACUUUUCAAGUGAUUUUAUCUAUUCAUAUUUCGUGCCAAUGGCUUUUUUCAGAAUAUUACACGCCAGGCCAAUACCCGUACGUCUCGCUGCAGGAACUUUGUUCCUUUUUCUUUUACGUUACAAUACGAAACCUAUGCAAAAGGUAGAGCUUCGAAUUAAAUUAUACAGACAGUUGGCUAAUAAUCCUGAUUGUUACGUGAGAAUGAUGUUCGUUCGUAUGAUGAUAGAGGCCAUGGAAAUUUUCUCGUCUGUAUAUUUCAAGGAACACUUUUUUACUGUUUUAUUGAACUUGGCAGAAGAUAAUGUACCUAAUAUAAGAUUGAAAGUAGUUUCUCUGUUACCUCAAUUAAAGAGUCAGUUACGGAUGCCAACCGAUAAGAAAUUGUUAACUGCGUUAGAGGCAACUAUAAGACAUUUAAGAAACAGUGAAAAGGAUAGAGAUGUGCUUGCCACGUUGUCCGAAGCUUUACAAAAACUGGAUGAAGUAGAACUUAAAUUUGAAGGUCAAACUCCAACCGGUACACUUACAAAACAAGAUGCCGAAGAUAAUAGAAAAUUAGAAGAAGAAAAAAGAUUGUCAGGAAUAGCUAUUGGAAAAUCUCCACCAGGGAGGGGAGCAACAGCGAAAAGGGGUAGUUGGCGUCGGGCAACUAUUGAUACCGCUGGGAAGUCAGUAUCGCAGCCGACAUCUCAAGAUCGUGUACCGUCUCCUCGUCAGUCGAGUGAACCAUCGAAAGGGAGAAUUCAACUAGCACAUCCUUGGGAAAGAAUAGGGCAUACCAACUCAAACAUUAACACAACCGAUACUACUAACUUUGACAACGGAUCGUGCAGUGAUUACGUUACGCAAAAGGCGCAGCAAAGCCGUUCGAAAUUAGCGUUGCCAUUUAUACUGUGGCCAGAAACGUGCGAAUGCGACUACGCGGAAGACUACGCUUUCCAUUCUUGUCCCUCGUCCGCUUACGCGAAGUCUGUCUUCUUGGCGAUCAUGAGAGAGAACAGGCGAAGGUCGCAGCAAAAUUUCCUACUAACCCGAAAUUAUGCACGCGAGUUUCCUACUAACAUAGCCAGCAAGGACACUGCCACUCUCAGAACGUUUCCAGCUCAUUAUAACCCUUGUUGGCCUUGUAGCUCAAUGCCCGAGAUACCUGUUAUGCUGUCGGACGACGAGUUCCUUGUGGAUGCUGGUAUCAGAAUACCGGCGCAAUUCUCUCAGAGCGUUUCCAAGAUACCUCAUCUUCAAGAUCCAGUGUUUGGCAAGAGGAGAACCUCGUUCAAUGUGAAUCGUGCUGGUGGACGGACAACAAGUAUGAGCUUCGACAAAGGCAAGCCCAAGAGAAACUCUUCCGUGGAAUACGAGGAUUGUAUCAAGCGUAAAACGAACGGUGCUGACCAGACGAACAAUGUCAGGACUUCGAUCGAUUGCGAGGAUGGUUUAAGUCUCGUGAAGCAGUCUGCUCAACAACUCGAUAAGAAGAACCCAGGAUAUCUUGGGCCAAUGAUGAGGUCGAGGUUCGGCUUUGGCGUCAAUCAGGAAAGACCCAUGGACGAUAAAAUGAAGCGACGAAACUCGUUAAUCUUAGAAAAGGACAAGCCUAAAGUCGUGCAGACGAAGUGCAUGCUAGACAGGACUAAACGUCACUCCGCGAACUUUAGUUUAAAAUUGCUAGACUCGAAAGAGACCAAGCCUAAUCUGAAAGAACAACAUAGCCUGGAGGUGACCGACUACGCGUCCACGGAACGCCUACGUCGUGCGUUGAGGCGGUAUUCAACGUUAGACGUGAAUCAUAAUCAGGGACACAGUAAGAUACCAUUAAGGAGUUUUGUACGACGUAGUAGAACCGCGCCCGCCACUAGGGCUUCCAGCCCUGUAAGCUCGCAGUUAAGGUACGAGGAGAUCGAUAAGCUGUGCCGAAAAUUCCAAGAGUACCAACUCUAUUAAAAUACGGUUGCGUGAAUGCAUUUAAAGCGUCGAUUAGACUGAGAUGAAAACAUCGAUCAUUCUCUGCAUGUCCUGGUUCCAAUUUCACAUCUAAUCUGUUGCUAAGAUAUUACGUCACAGUCAGGGAUAGACUAUACGUUUCGUGGGACAAGUUUAUUCGUUUCGUUUGUUAACAGUCUCGUUUUAAAGUCGUUCUUGCAGUAUUUUAAUUGGAGAAUUAUUCUUCGAUGAAAGAGAGGCAGCAGGUAUUUUACAAAUUUAAAGCAGUUUUACCUACUUUACUGUCUUAACCUAUUCUCAAACCGCCUUGUAUAGUUUGAUGCAAUGUAGGCUUCCUUUGGAUAAGGAUUAGCGUAGGGGGAGAAACAUCUCACCAAAUUUUCGAACAAGGAGAAUUUAGUUUUAAAACUUGUCUCUGUUCAGUAGGAUACUCUUUUCCUUACCCUUACCCUUGACUAAAGGAAACCUAAGCUGCACGCAACCGUACAUUCUUCGCUUUUUAUAACGUAUAUUAAACGUAUACAAUUGGCAGAAGAAUGUUCGCAUGCUAGAGUAUUAAAAUGACACAGGUAUUUAAGUGCUUCAUAAAUUAUACUUACAGUGAUCGGCAAUAACGAAUGAGACUGAGAACACGUCAAAUAUUAUAAGUGGAGGAUGUUCCACGAAGUUUACUUUUAUCGUGCGUUACGAUAUUAUGCAUUUCUUGAACGAUCGUAUUUGUCGAGACAAUUACUUAGGCAUCCAGGAUUCGAAUUAAAUUUCCAUUUCUUUUAGAAAUAUGAUAUUAAUAGUCCCACGUUAAAGAGACAGUUUAUUUUCGAAUAAAUUUGCUGUUCGAUUGAAGAUGCACCGCAAUUUUAAUGUUUAAAGUUGGAAGACUGUUUUUAUUAGACGUAUUGAAUUUCGUAAGGGUAAAAGAAUAAGACUAUAUUUUGCACUUUAUUUUAUAGCUGCAUAACUAAUACGUAAUUGGUCUACUAUUUAUCAAAGUUCACUCACCGAUCGAAUAUAUUCUAAUAGAUGAUUAUAUAUAGGAGAAACACACGAGAUAAACGAAUUUUAGGAUUAAAUUUAUCUUGAUAGCCAAUUUUAGGUCUAGUCCCGAGUAGUUAUUAAUCAUCCGCAGAAGGCGUUUCUUUUUCUUUAUUUGUUCUUUAAUCGAUACAAUACCUGUAUUCCGCUUUGUUAGCCGCUCUUAUUUUUUAACCAAUUCAAUCCUUAGAAAACACGUUUUUUAAUAGAAUCUUUUACCAUGUUUUUUUUUCUAACUUUUUAAACGUAGCGUAAUAUACGAACACAGCCUAGCGUAACACUUAUAGCGUGCGGUACUAAGCGUUUUAAUUGAACCGUUUCUCAUUCCGCGAGAAGCGUGUUAGCCAUUAUAAAUACACUAGCUAUCGUAAUUUUCGAUCGAUUUACGAGCAUCGACGUUAACCGAUUACUUUUUAUUCAAAGAACAAACGAAAACAAAGAACCAGUGAAUUUACGCGAGAAGCGAAGUAAUUUUUGGAGCGCAACUUUAGGGAUACUCGAUUCCCCGACACACUUCCUCUAACGAAACGUUGAACGAUCAACUCUAAUCCCUGGAACACUGUCGUGUCUUAAACCCAGAAAUAUCUACGAAAAUAUCAUACAGUCUUAGAAAAAAGAGAAAAUUAAUACAUAUAUAACAUUGUACAUAAGGACUGACCAAAAAAAAGACAAUUUAGCGAACGUUUGCGCAGCUAGUUUCAAUGAAAAUGCUGCAAAAUUUAUCGUCUUAACAUCGUCAGAAGAAAUAUAUACGUAUUAUGCAGUGUAUAUUUAAAGAGAGAAAGAGAGAGAGGACACGUAUAAUAUCUUCGCAGAAUAUUUUCAUUGAGCUUCUAAAUAGAUGUAUUUUAGGGUGAAAGGAGAGAAAGAAAGAAAGAAUAUACAAGACGCUUCGAAGCCAAAGAUGAAUUCUAACGAUAUAUACGAACAACGUACAAACUCUUAAAGGCAUUAUGUACUUGUAUCAUGUACAUAUAUGUUGCGUAAGCUUUACACAGUGCAAGUGCCAUUGAACGUACGCGCCUGGGAGAUUUCGAUGCCUGGAAAAGAAGGAAAAGAAAAGACACGAGAAUGCUCUUUGAACGCCCAAAAAUACAUAUAUACGUCUAUCACGAUAUCUUCGAAAUAUGUGAUAUAGUAGUCCGAAUACUUUGAUGGCUGUUAUCGUAUUCAUGAGUUUGUAAUAAUUAAUUGCAGUUGCAACAUUAAUUUUAUAGGAUAGCCGUAUGGAGGUAAUAUUACAUCCGUAACUUUUGUACCAUGCAAAAUUACCACAUUUCGAGGUAUAAUUUGUGCAUUAGUAAUAACACGAAUAUUAACGGUAAUAACGUAGAAAUUUACAUUUUGGUAAUUAGCGACGGCAGCUAUCAAAGUAUGAAAAAUAUUAAAAGUUCAAAAAUCGAGUCAUCGUUUCGUUUUUCUUCAUCUUUUUAUCUUCCACUUUCUCUGGUCAUCUUUCCGAGCAGUCACUCGUACAUGAUUCUUCUUCUUUCUUUUUCUAAUAGAAGAUUUUAAAAGAUCGCUAGUCAAUCCAGUUUUCACAAAGUUCGUUUUGUAAUUAACGAAAAAGAGGAACAGAAUAUUCUUUUUUUUCUCUCGCGCUGAACACCAAGAAAUAGAACACACACUUUUACGCUUAGAGAAUUUAGAUGAAACGCAACUUUUACCGAUCGAUUGUUGCCGCGUUACGAUAUUAAUUAUUUUGUUAUAAUAUGUAAGAUCGUACGGCUAACGACUUAUACACGUAACAUAGCGAAGCUUGUUGUAUUAUUUUUAUAGAAAACUUUAGGGUAACAUCAAUCGUACGAUUUCGUGAAUCUGAUAUUUAUAGGCCUAUCUUUAUUUAAAUAUAAAUAUCUUCAGUUCAUGAACGUAAAAGAAUUUUUCGAGUUAUCCUUAUGGCUUAUCUCUUUAUGGUUCAGAUGUAAUUCUCGAGAAAGAUAAAUAGCUUCUUUUUAUACUUGGCUAUCUUUAUUUUGUGAGCGUCCAUAAAAUGGAUCUCCCAUUCUUUGCUUUAACACGCGGUUCUAAAGUGUUGGACACUUGUACUCUUCAAGUAAAAUAAAAAUAGAAGAAUAUCGACUGAACUUGAAAUCGAAAUUAAUCAAGAAAGAACAAUGGACAAUAAUAGUAACUACACGAGGAUGUCUUUAAGCAAGCAAAGCAAAAAAUGGUCCAAACUUACUAACAUUUCAUUUUUAUUAAUUGAACUUACAAGUAGAAACGGUUUUUCGAAAUCGUAUGGUUGUUCGUUCACCAGGCGACGAAACUUCUUUUUUAUAGGAAAUCUUAGAAUAUAUAUAUAUACAUAUUACAUAGUUAUAUACAUACGUACGUUAAGUAUACAUGAUUUAACGAGAUUGAACAAAUUGUUAAAUAUGCAAACUAGGAGCGUCCGUAGAACGAGUUCCAUGCGCGGUCCGAGGAAAAGCAAACGAAAAUAAAAGUGCGAGAAAAGAGAAGCAAAAAAUUAAGAGACGAAGAACGAGCGCGCGUUUAGCGAGGAUUAGGAAAAAAGGGAUGAACACGAGGAAAGUAAAGUUUCUGAAAUAUCUUCGCGAAGAACAAUAACCGCUUAAAUGCUGCUCCUUAUUUUUGUACAGGAUCUUACCGUGUGCGUGUAAAUGUUUCACUUCUGUGCCAGAAAGUAAACGUGUUUGCGAAGAAUUAUUGCAGAAGAGAGGAUGUACACGCGUUAUGGCUCUGUAACGAAUGUUUCAAGUAAUUGUUGAACAUAUACUCGUUCCUUUGUACACGAAGAAACGAGUAGUUUUAUCGCUGACACUGUUAUAUUAUUACAAUUAUAUAAAUGCGUAUAUUACGUAUGAGAAAAUAUGAAAAGAAAAAAAAAAGAUAGAUUUUUCCUUUAUCCUCGAUCGUUGCUCGUCGAUCAAUUAUUUUAAACGUUGGCCAUGAACGAAUUAAAGGGAAGAGAAUUCAUUAUAUUAGCUCGUUAGAAAAUCUGUGGCCUGUAUUUUUCUCGAGAAGGAGUAAUCUGUGAUGAACAAACAAAAGAGAUACAUAUUUAAACACGAGAACAAAUAAUACGAAUAAAAAUACGCGUUCACGCGCACGCGAUGAACGAUAAUUCGUCGAACGAUAUUUUUUAUUACUCUUAACUGUUUCCGUAUGGAAUACAAGGAAUGUAAAACGAAAGGAGAGGGAGAAAGAGAAGUGUAUUUUUCUGAGGUAUAUCUGUAAAACGAAAACAAUCUAGUUAAAUGUGAAGAGAAUAAAGAAACACCACGAUCGUAGAUUU